UGGCUGACCGAUGAACAAGCAAGCCCGCGCAGCACGGCCGAUCAGCUAGCGACAACGAUUGCGCAUCGCUGGAGACGGACGUUUGUGAUGGCUGAAAAAAUUAGCACCGAUCAUUAGCUUGGUAGCGCGCAAACGGGUGUGAAGUCCGAAAAAAAAAUUGGUGCGAAUAACGCGAAUGCGAUCGCGAGCGCUGAGGUGACCGCAAAGUGACCGAGACUAAAUCAUCCACUAAGUAACUAAUGAAAACAUCUAAACACAAUAAAAAUUAGUUGAAAUAUAUAAAUAAUAAGAAAAGGAUAAAAUAUACAAAACUAAUAAUAAUAGUAAUUGGCUUAUACAAGUGCAAAAAAGUGUUGUGAGUGUGUGGGAAAUGGAAAAGAUAAAAAAUCACAUGAAAUAAGGAUAGAAAAAUCUAACUGCUGAUCGAUAAAGAGAAUAUAGUUACAUAACAUCUAAUUUCAACUACAACGAUAACUUUUGAAGAAAAAUUUAACAAAGAAAUUCAAGCUGAGUUAUUUUGCUGAUAUGACUACCUCUCAUAUUCUAUCUGCCGUUGAUCCCGUCGGCAUGAACAGCACGUCAAAUCACAAUACCAACAACAACAUCAGUAAUAUGAACAAUGGUGGUGACAAUACAAGUGUCGUUGGUGCACAUCAUAAUGCCGGCAGCAGCAAUAACAGCAGUAACAACGGCGUCACACACUCCCCACAACACACCCACCAUAGCAUGGCGACGAGCGUUAGCGGUGGCAACGGCAUUAAUGCUGGCAUUCGUAGCAAUAUGCAACACCUCGGAGGAUCUCUAAUGACAAAUCGCAGUCCCGGCAUGGAGAGAAAUCCGCAUGUCAGUCUCGAUGAUCGCGAACUCUGGCUGCGCUUUCAGAAUCUCACCAACGAAAUGAUCGUCACUAAAAAUGGCCGGCGCAUGUUUCCGGUAGUAAAGAUCAGCACUUCGGGCUUGGAUCCAGAUGCUAUGUAUUCGGUACUGUUGGAGUUCGUUCAAGUAGAUACACACCGUUGGAAGUAUGUGAACGGCGAAUGGGUACCCGGCGGUAAGGCAGAAGUACCGCCCGCCAACCCAAUCUACAUGCAUCCCGAGUCGCCGAACUUUGGUGCGCACUGGAUGAAAGAGCCGAUUUCAUUUGCGAAGGUCAAGUUAACCAACAAGACCAAUGGCAAUGGUCAGAUUAUGCUCAACUCAUUGCACAAGUAUGAGCCGCGUGUGCAUUUGGUGUCCGUGGAUCGGGAACAGCGCCAAGUUGUCACCUAUACGUUUCCGGAAACACAAUUCAUUGCAGUAACGGCUUAUCAAAAUGAGGAAGUCACUUCGCUGAAAAUCAAAUACAAUCCAUUUGCAAAGGCCUUUUUAGAUGCCAAGGAGCGUCCUGAUACAUUGUAUUCACACGAGGCACCCUACGGCUGGCUUAUAUCACCACCAACUCAUUAUACAAGUGUCGCGCAGCCACCACCACCGCCAGCCAGUUUGGCUGUCUCCAAUUCGCCGUUGGGCAUAUCCUGUGAUCGCUACGGCCGUGCGCUCAGCAGCCGUGUUAUGCCCACACAUAGUGCACACGCAUCGCCUUACGCCAGACCGCGGCAGGUAUCGAACAUGCCUGGCUCUAGUUCGCCAGCGCCUGGGGUUGGCGGAAGUAGUGUGAUGAAUGGUAGCUCCGGCAGCGCUUCCCCACCACAACAGCCACCAUCAGCGCCACACACGCCUACUAGUUUAAAAUCAACACACAGCAACUUGAGCGUGGGCCCUGCAAGCAAUGUUGGCCAGCUGUGUAGUACGGCUAAUGCGGUUAGCCCGUUUUCAGGAUUUUCCAGUUCCUAUUCGCAGUCGAGCUUUAUGCCGGUGGAGCCAAGUUCCUCAAUGUUUUCUUAUGCUGGUAGUUGGCAGAGCAAUGGCAGUUAUUGGGGGGCGCCGGCUGCGGUUCCGUCCGUACCACCGACGGCAGUGCCUGUGAAUGUCAGCCAGAGUAGUAACAGUGGCAGUGCCAGUGCAGGCCGUUCGAUUUCUGCCCACGAAUCGCCAUCACCAACGAACGUGGGCUCGCCCACCUACACUAGCCCCUCCCCAGGCUAUACCAUACACCAUCUCACGCCACAUCCCUCGCACCAGUAUAAUGUUGCGCAGACCGCCGCGGCUGCUGUGCAUGCUGCGGACAUGUAUCCAAAUGCAGCGCCUUCGCAAUCCUACGCGGCUCCACCGACGCAUCAAGUAUAUCAUCCCACGCCCACAUCCCCAUCACAUCAAUUGUAUACCAAUGUUUUGAAUGCUCCAACGGCUCUGAGUUAUCCCGGAGGCUCAUGGCAUAACGGAGGCGGCGCAGAGUAUGGCUUAUAUCAGAAUGCGGCUUACGGUUAUCAGCCGGAGUAUAUACCGUUAGUGCCGGAUCUGGGUUAUACCACACAUCCGCUGGAGCCGGUUGAAGUCACAAAAUCAUACGAAGAUCCUCAAGCCGGCAUCUAUAAGUCACCUCAACAACAAGUUGCUGGCCAAGGCGGCGAGGAUGACGGUGGUAGGUCAGUGCUUACAUUGGAGUGCAACAAUUCGAAGGUGGACUCACCCUCUGUUGCUGUGAAAUUGGAGACUCUCGAUAGCGUGGUCACAUCGAGUCAUGAGCGUGGGUCUGUAGUUGCAAAUGCUGCGGCCACCGCAGUUCUAGCGCCCAGCCCGCAUACGCCAAGCGGCACUUGGACUCCGCUCACUCCACCACAGAGUGCGUUGCAGUAGACGAGGGGGGGGGGGGGCAGAGAAAGAUUGGAAUGAGGAUGUGAAGCCAUCAGACCCCAAUUUGUUCAAAGUUUUACGUAUUAAAAUAUAUUUAGAAGACUAUGUAAAAGAAUCAGAGGACUAAAUACUUAAUCAAUUUAUGCUUCUUUUUUAGCUUAGUAACCGAUUAUUAUCUAUGUAAAUGUACUUAUGUUAUAUAAUAUUAUAUUAGUUGAUAUGUGUGUGUAUUUGAAUAGAUAUAUUGAUUUAAAGCGCAUAUAGGUUGUAUUUGUUGUCCAUAGAUAUGCAAUAAAAAGUAAAAAAAAAAUUAG